AUGGAAACCAUAGACUCAAACACUCUAAUGAAGAUGAUGCUGCUGCUACUAUGGGUGCUGCUAUUGGGACCUUCAGUUUUUGGUUCGCCUUUGGAAAUGCAACUUUUGGAUAUGAUGCUGCGAGAGGCUGAGGGUUAUCCUAGCAAUGGUCGGGAUCAGCGAGACAUAUCCGUUUUGCCAGCAACUUCAAUAGGCUGCGAUGAAAGCGGUUCUCCGGAGCAAUUUGAGCACUUAUUCGAUGAUUAUGAGGAGAGCAAAGAGGACUGUAUGGACCUUUUGCCAACCUGUGAGCCAACUUUCGAGGAAGGACUACCCAUCGACCAUCCAUGCUUCAUCAAAUUACUCCUCCUAAGAACACCACUGCUUAAACAAGACCCCUGUGCAAAUUUCUCCCUGGUAACUGAAAAAUCCACUACCACCGUGAAACCCAAAACCAAGAAAUGCAAUCCAAAAAGAAAAUCAAAUAAAAAUGUAACUGAAAAUGUAUUGGUGGGACUGCCGAAUAAUGACACCAUAAAUUCAACCACAACUACACCAAUAAGUUCAACAACGGAAGCAGUACCCAAUUCAAAAAUCAUAAAAAUAAGAAAGUUGGUUCCAAAGAUCAAAACAAACACCACAGCAUCAACGAGCACCACAACAACUUUGGAGACAACAACCGUAGAAGAAACUACGACACCAGCGGAAACCAGCACCACAGAAGAAGAACCAGAAACGACAACUGAAGAGGAAACCACUACAGCAUCAACAACUACAACAACGAGUACCACAACAACUACCCAAUCACCUUUUACUGCAAACCAACUAAAACGUUUAAAGGCCUUAAGGAACAGAAAAAAUAAUACCAGGGGAAAGUCGCCGAAAGUGCCCGAUCCACCACAGAUCAAACUAGAUAAUGUCAGCCAGCCCAGCGAGGUUAUUCAGGUAAUAAAGACCACCGAAGCUGCCGAAUUGAAGCUUCAACCGGAAACUAGCACCACCACUACGGUCGUGCCCACAACAACGGUUUCUACAACCACUUCCGAACCGGAAACCACAACCGUAGAGAGUUGUGCAGAUGGAGAGGAAACCACCAAUACACCGGAAUCUUCAGGAUGUGAUGAUGACGAAGAUCCUCAGGAGUCUGAAAAUAAUGUUGCCACCACCACAGAAGAACCUUGUGAAGAUACUGACGAACAGGACACUAAUCUGUGUCCCCAAUUUAUGCCAACCCAAGGGCCUUCACGUCCAAGACCUCCUUCAGCAUAUCGUUUCCGCAAGCCCGUGAAAAACUAUGUGGAACCCAUUCUAUAUGAGGGUAACUUUGCCAAACCACUUCAGCGAAUGGCGCCGAUGGGACCCCAGCAGAGGGAUUACUUUGUAUCCAAUAAACAAGUAGUUCCCAGACCCAGGCCCAGGUACCGGAAACGCAUACCACCCUCGAUCUAUAUGAACAACAUUGUGAGUGGCUUGGAUUGCAGCGAUGAAAGUGAUCAGAAUCCUUCAAGAACUCCCAAUCAGCCACGAAGAUAUUGGAAUGACCGUCCUGUAAAUUUGCUUGAGCGAACCAUAACUCCACUUUUGAGGACAAUAAGACCUGAGAGAAAUAUGAGAAAUAUUGCACCCACUCCUAUCAAAAGAAAGCCAAUCUAUCCGAGAAAUUCAGAGGAAUCAAUGGAGAGACAGUACCUGAGGGAAAGGGAUCCAAAGCCGCCAGGGCAGUAUCACCAUUACCCUGAAGAGGAGUUUACCCAAGAGGAAAGGUUUAUUCCACCACCCUCGCCCACUCCCAUCUUGGAUCCCUGCCAGCAGGAACACGAUAAUAUCCUUUUUCGUCAGAGAGCACCACAUCGCCAGCAAACCGACCAUCUAAUAGAUUAUUCCCAAACACCACCUUCUUCGCACUUUUUCACCUAA